AUGCGUGCGUGUGUGUGAGUGCAACUGUCGGAAUUUGACUAUUAAUUUUUUUUGUACGACAAAAAAGAAAAGAAUUAUUGGAAUUCCAUUUAUCUUUUCUUUAAUAUUCUAAAUAUAAGUUAAUAAACAUAAUGGCAUUGAAUCCACAAUACGAAGAUAUAGGCAAAGGAUUUGUCCAACAGUACUAUGCCAUAUUCGAUGAUCCGCUGCAACGAGCAAAUGUGGUUAACUUCUAUAGCACCACAGAUUCCUUUAUGUCCUUUGAGGGCUUACAAAUUCAGGGAGCACCAAAAAUUAUGGAAAAAUUAAAUAGCCUUACAUUUCAAAAAAUUUCUCGCGUCAUAACAGCUGUAGAUUCUCAACCUAUGUAUGAUGGUGGUGUUUUAAUUAAUGUUCUUGGACGUUUACAGUGCGAUGAAGAUCCUCCACAUGCAUUCUCUCAAAUUUUCGUUUUGAGACCAUUGGCUGGAACAUUUUUCUGUGCCCAUGAUAUUUUCCGUUUAAAUAUCCAUAAUUCGGCCUAAAUAAACCAAUUUAAUGAUCCUGCUCGCAUGUGCUUUUCUUAUUAUUUUUCUAAAGCAUUAUUUUAAUAAAUAAUAAUUAUGAUGAACAAAAAUUUAUAAAAA